UUGCCGAGAGACUCAUUAGCCUGGCGGUGAGUUCAUGAGGUGAGAUCGACUGGCGGGAAGCUCUGCAGCGGCCGCACUCCGCGGGUGAAGGAGAAAGCGAAGAGCAAAAGUUGGGGACCCCUGAAUUCAACCCUGUCACUCUCCAUUCGACCCGACUCACACUCCAGCCCGGGUGCUGUAUUGCCGUCCCAACGGAUACGCGGGUCGCGAGAACGACGAAGGCGAAGGCAUUGGCUGGCCAGCACACACACAGCCACGAGGCCACGGGGGAAAGCACACAGUGAGAGAGACGGAGAGUGCGAAGAGUGUAUAUGUAUAAGGCGGUGGAAGACUGCUGUGUGUGAGAAUAUAUAGCACACAUCAGUUUAGUUUCCCUCCUAGCAGUCAGAGACCCGCCAAACUUGGAAGAGUAAGGACUGCAAAUAUAAUCUUGGAAGGAUACAAUACAAAUUUCCACAGUGUUUAGUUGAACAUUGGCGGUCGUCCGAGUUGGUCGUGUGGACAGUGCUUCGUCUAGCCAAAGUACUUGAUUACCUGCAGCUCACAUGAGAGCCAAGAGUGAAGUCUUCGCCCACCCACAUCUCGCGAUUUUCACCUCUCUCUAAGGACACCCUGUGAAAAUUCGUGGACAAGUGCCAAGAGGUCAGAGGAUUUUUUUUUUCCUCCUCCAUUCGAGAUUCAGAGGGAGACAGAAGAACUGGUGGUGACUCUGUGAGAUAAAGUGUUGAGGAUAUCGCGUCGCUGGAGCAGUGGUGCGAAAAAAGAGAGUUUUGUGCACAAAAGCGAUCCGGUGGAACCUGCUGACCCCGAAAAUUCCGGGAACAGCCUAAUUAAAUGAUUGUGUGAGAAAUAUAUCGGAGAAAAAACGACUCAUCCAAUUUGCACGAGUAGCGGUGAAUUUGGAGCAACGUACGACAAUCGCAAAUACUUCGCGUGGAACAUGAUGUCCACGGUUCCGGCGACGUCAAAGGGGAAGCGCCCCCUGCGACACUUAACCGCCAGCGAUAAGAUCGACGCUAUCCAGAGGAUCCAUGAUGGUGAGAGCAAGGCGUCCGUGGCACGAGACAUCGGUGUCCCGGAGUCGACGCUGCGCGGGUGGUGCAAGAAUGAGGAGAAGCUGCGCUACAUGUCUCGUCAGUCUACACCAGACAAGCCCACCGCGGACAAGAUGAUGGACAAGAUCGAUGCGGCACUGGUGGCUGCUGCUGCAGCAUCGGAACUGCUCAACUGUCCGCCAGAGAAGCGACAGAAGCUGGAUACAUCUCUGCCCUUGAACUUCUCAGCCAACGGCAAGAUUAAGUACGAAGAUCACUACAAGCGCUCCUCGCUCAAUGGACUGGACUUGAGCGAUCACAAGGGCCUGAAUGGCGGGGACUUGCACCUGAAUGGACUCGGUUCGGAUUACAGCUCAUUCGCAAAGACCGCGGCCGAUCUGUCCGCGAUGCAGUCCAAGGCGAAGGACAUCAGUCUCAAGGGCUACGGAGCUGAUCUCUCGAAGCCCAGCGACCCGUCCAAGGCAGAUCUCUCAAUGGCGGCCAUUAGUCCUCUGUCCAACUUGACGCAAUUCUCGUCGGUGGGCGGUCUGGGGACCAGUCCUCUGGCGCUGAGCUUCAACGACAUCGCCACGAAUCUCAACAUCUUGGCACAGCUCCAAAAUCCUGCAUUGUCGGCCAUGCCGGGACUGGGAUCGCUCAGUUCAUCCUCGCAAUCACUGCGCUCAGCCAGGCCGAAGGGCUCCUCGGCGCAGAGCAGCCGAAGCGACAUGGAGAAGAGCCAGGGAUUGACGGUGAAGAAUCUGGCCAAGCUGCAGCACAAGAACGCCGUGUCGGCGGCCAACGAUUUGCUGGGCAUGAGCCUCGAUAAGGGCGGCAAGUACAAGAUGUCCAGCUCGUCUGGCAUGGCUCGAGACGCUCCCAUGGAUGACUCGCUCUGGUACUGGCUCAAAUCGCAGCAGUCAAUGCUGGGCAUCAGCAGCCUGUACUCCAGCCUACCACAGACAUCUAGUCCUCUGCAUCGUACCACGCCGCCCACGCAGAGUCUGGCAGCGUCCCACACUCCGACCCCGCCGGCAGUGGUGUCCUCUCCCCAGAUCACGCCACCCUCGUCCACGCCCUCCGGCGCCUCGGAUGACACGAAGAACCAGAUGUGGCUGUGGAACUGGUACAAGACCAUGGGCGCCAGUCUCAUGGGCAGUGACAAGCAAUUCCUGCAGCAGCAGGCCUCGAUGGGAGGCUCGAGUCCGAGCCUCGGUCAGCUGCCCCACUCCACUAAUGGGAUGCUCAAUGGGAGCAGUGUGAAGUCGCAGAAUCUCUACAACAACAUCCUCUUCUCGCAGCUGACCAAGAAUGACACCACUUCCGGCGGCAAGUCGGAGCCCGAGGAUUUGUCGCAUCAUCCUCCGGCCUCUCAGUCCGCCACGAACACCGUCACGUCGGAGGAACAUGGCAAUGCCGAUGAAGCGCACACCACUGAAUUGCCCCUGCCGUCGGACAACUCGUCCACGAUGAAGGAUGAGCAGGAAGACAUCGCCAAGGCCAGUGAGUCACCUUCACUGCCUGGUGACGCUGACACCACGCCCACAAAUGGCGCUCCCGAGACCGCCGCUGACGACAGUGACAAGUCUCUGACCAAAGUGCGCGCCGUGCUGGAUGAUCUCCUCUUCCACAACAACAACAACGAGAUCAAGGGCGAAUCCACGCCAGAAUCAUCCAGCCCAGAGAGCAGCGUGAGCAGCUCGCUGGAGGCGGUGGAGCACGGCGAGAAGUUCUUGCAGUGGCUGGAAUCGUGCAGUGAUCCCAACAUCACGGCCAUGCAGGUGAUGCAGUUCCGCUAUCUGCUGCAGAGCAUCAGGCUGAGUCUCAAUCGGUCCACACGGGACGAGAGACGCGUGAAGAUCCGCCGGCGCAAAUAGGAUCUACCCAAACGAUCGACCGAUGAGUCUCCGGGGUCCGACGUGGACGACGACGAUGGGGACACAGAUAGCUGGUAUGAUGACUUCAACGAGGAGGAGGAGGAGGAGGAAGAUGACAUGGCGGAAGCGGUAGAGGAUGAGGACUUCGAUCAGGACAACGAAGACAUCCACCCUGAACUAUUCUAUCCGCCAUCGCCCCUAUAAGAAAGCACAUUCAGUGCUGCUUUCGUUCCUAACUAUUAGCUCCUAUACUUUGUACAUAUUACAGGAAGCAUAACAUCCCCAAAAUGAUCACACUUUGUGCAUAUUGUGUAAAGUAUUCACUAAACUAACAAAAUAUUCCAUUAUCUACAGCCCACAGCGGUAUUUUACGCGAAUCUCAAUGCUGUAACUCAAGUUUUAGUGCGCUCUUUCAACUAAACAUAAUUUCCUCCUGUAUCACUCAUGAACUGUACCCCAAAUAUCAUGAAAAAAAAGAAGAUGUUUAGAAAUUAGUGAAUCGUACAAAAUAAUACGAAUUUACCACAAUUGAAGUUGAAUAAAAAAAAAUAUAUUGAGAAAAGAGAAACAGAAUUCAAAGAGAAAUCCCCAAAAAUAUGACACUGAAACUCCAUAGAAUAUUCCAAAGAUAAAUAAUGAUGAAAUUCAAAGUAUUCAAUUAAUGUGUAAUUUUACGAUAUAGCGUAGAAUGUUUGUAAGAUUAACCAGAGAGAGAAAAGAUAUCAGAGGAGGUGAACAGAAGAAAAGGAAUAGCGUAAUUUAAAAUAUCAUGUAAAUAGUCAUUUCAGAAAAUAAUCGUUGAAGCAUCACUGAAAAUCAUUAAUAAAAUAUCACUAUUGUAUCAUGAAUACCACAUGUAAUAGAGGAAGUUGCGCUAUGUGGACAAGUCUUUCCUCGACAAUGUGACAUUUUAGCUCAAUUGAUUCAUUUGCAAUUUAGACUGAUUUUUUUUAUCGCUGCCGAUCGAUGUAUUUAGUUUGAUUUUUUUUUACUCUACCAUUCCCAAAAUAUAUAUUAUGAAAUCUACUUUUCAGACUGACCAAUAUUAUUUUUAAAGGAAAUUUUUUACAAGAAUAUUUUUGUUGUGAUUUUACAGAGAGCAGCGAGAGAGGUGGAAAUAUUCUGUUCUCUAAGGAUACAUUGUACAAUAUUAUUGAAUAUGUGAAUAUCGUUGAAUUGAGAUGAGAUGAUGUAAAAGAUAUGCUCAUAAAAUGCCAAAAUACUUGCUUUCGAGUGAGUGUCUCACCAGAGAGCCACCCUCCUUGAAUAUACUUAUUAAUAAAUGAAAUGAAAUGAGAUUAAAUGGUAUAUAUAAGGUUAAAUAGUUAAGAAUUUGGAUCUAUAAUAGAGUGGCAAAAGUGAAUUACACCACAGAUGACAACUAUGUAUUAUAUUACGCAGAAAUUGAAUUUACCAUUAUCUUAUAUCUUCAUGUGAUUAUCUUAAUUAAAAAAAAAUGUUACAAAAGAUGGUAAAUUACUGAAUAAAAUAUUUCCUUUC